CAGGAUUAGCAGGUCAGAUGGGUCUAGCCCAUUUUUAUGCAAAUGAGUGAGGUCAAGCUUGCAGCAGUUGUCUAAACAGUGGUCAACAGCAUUCAUUGAUGAGGACAGGGCAGGGCUGCCAGCAUGAGAAAGAAGGGGACUCCCAAGUCCCUGGACAGGGAUGUUAGUGAUGGAGUUCAGGAGGAAGAAAGGGGUCAGCAGGGCACAGUUUCAUUGACCAAGAGCGAGGGGUUGUUUUUCACCGAAGAAAACCCCUUGUCACUUCUGUUGUUCAAGAACAUUCUUUGGGCAAUGGGGAAUACCCACGGACAGUUGAAGUCCUCCCGAUUCGAGGCAGCGCUGCACAGCUCCAUUGAGCAGUCCCUUCGGUCCCAGGAUGUAGCUCCACGUCCUGUCUUCUCCCAGCUGUACCUGGACAAACAGCAAGGCCAUGUGCGCCCACCAGGACCAGAAAAUAUAGAUGUGAAACCCAACAUAAAAGAGUUAGAAGCAGCUCCGAGGGACAGACACAGCAGUGCCAGUAGCACCAGUGGUUACCGUGGCAACCCGCCAGCGGAACAGCCCAGUGUGGACCAGUCAUAUGAGGACGAGGAGAAGGAGGACCCCCCUGGGAGCCCCCAGCAGCCCUACAGGUUCCCCACCCCCCCAGAGGGGGCAUGUCAGACACCAGGGUACUGCCAGGCAGGAAAAGACAUCCGUCUGACAUCCCUGAGAGAGGUGAAGUUGACCCUGCCCGAGGGUUUUGUCCUGGUUGGAGCCAAGAGCCCGAACCUUACCAAUAACAUCCUGGUGGCAGCUGUGGAUGCCAGGUUCCUGCCCAACCCUAAAACCAACCUGGCAUUGCUAGGUUUCAGUGGGAACUGUAUCGGAUGUGGGGAACAGGGUUUCCGUUACUUCACAGAAUUCUCUGCACAUAUCAACAUGCGGCUGACGACACAACCCAAGAAGCAGAAGCACCUCAAGUAUUACAUAGUGCGGAACAACCUGGGUCUGCUGGUUAGGGGACCUCUGGUGCCAUGGAAAGUGGUGUCCCCGGAGGUGCGUAAGCGAGGGUUCCCCAUGGCCCCCCAGGUGGUGUCCCCGCUCCUGUCUGCAGGUGAGAAGAUGUUGGCAGGAGCAGCCUCCUCUCAAGCGGCCCAAGGUGCCCAGCAGGCUACCAUCAGUUACCAUGCCAACCGUGUCCCAGCAUCCCUCCUGGCCGCUCAGCAGCAGCACCCCUCCCCCCAGCCGCGCCCUUCCACCAUCAAGUACGGAGGAGGAGGCAGCCCGCCGCUGCCCAAUGGACCCAGCCCUCCCGACGGGUCCGCUCAGCCACCAAAGAAGAGACACAAGGGGUGGGGACCAGGAAGACCAGACACCAUGUCUAACCUGAACCUGGUCAUGCCCCCCCACCCUGCCAUGCAAGCCGAGUCCGUGUUCAUCCAGCCUGGCCUGCUCAACAUCUGCUGCACCAAGCCUGUCGUCCUGGCCUGCCACGGAAACCUGCCCUAUCUCCACGGUAACGUCAACGACGUGGUGGUCAGCACCCUGCUGGUGGACUGCUACAAGCCCGUCCAGAUGCCGCCCAAGCUGCUGGAGGGCCUGGGACUGACCAACGCCCCUCCGCUGAGCGUGGAGACCAUGGCACUGCUGACCGUGCAGUACCUGGUGCAGCUGGGAAAUGAGAAGGUCCCUCUGCGUGAAGAGUUUGACGCCAUCUUGCUGCAGGCGCGGCAGGAGUCGGCCAUUAAGGACAAGAACAUGCAACAGCAUGCCCAGUUCCUGUCCGUCGCACCUGCACAGCUGCCCUGGCUCGCUAAAGUCGCUGCUAGCGCUUCCAACGGACUUGUCAGGAUUGUGAAUGCCCAAGCCUCGCUAGCAGAGGGCAUCUCGGAGACCCUGCAGAUGAUCUGUAUGCCUCAGCCCUACACCAGAUACCCUUCCUUUGUCGUGGUGAUCCACGUCUCCCGACACAGGGGCACCGAAUUCUGCGUACUGGUCACAGGUGUGCACCAGGCGCGAGUGGUGGCAGAGAGCAUGCUGUCGGCCAGUGAUUGUUUCAAGGAGAUCAGCUAUGAGAUCAUCACAGGCAAAUUCAACCUACUUACCUCACACUUCAAGGAGCCCAACACUGCCAUGUCAGUUCCUGUGAAGAAGCACGCAGCUCACAUCCCAGGCAACAGUGAACUGGACAAGCUGCUGGAUGACUUUGUGGGCCCGAUGUCAGGGGAGGUCAUGGUGCCGUACCACGGAGGGGAGCUCCACAGGGUCAGGGAGGAUGUGGCCAAGGACAUGGUCCCUGACAAGCAACCAGAUGUGUCCACGGAUCACCAGGAGCUUCACCCCGUCCAGAUCGCCGUGGCGAUGAAGAUCCUGUCUCAGGUGUGUGCCAUCGCUGACUCCGGCACGCAGAGCCUGGACCUGGGGCGCUUCAGUAAGGUGGACAUCCUGGUCAUGUUGCCGCCCUCCAACAUCCUGUACAACCAGACAGUGGAGCGGCUCAAGCAGUCAGGUGUCCUUGUGGACUUGGGUAUGGAGACAGCGUCCUCCAUCGACCAGAAGGUUGAUCAGUACGUGAUGAAGUGUGACAGUGUGGCGGAGAACCAGGCCAAGUUUGAGUCCUUUGUGAAGCACGUCCGCCAGCACCCCUACACACUGCACGUGCUUAUACAGGACCAGGCUCAUGUGGAUGUCAACAGGCACUCCUCUGGGAACAUGGGCUUGGCUGACAAGUACAUCAACUGUAAGGAUUUUGCCGACGCGCCCAACCUGCUGACGCUGCAAGUCAGCGCCUCACCCUUCUCUCUGCAGACACAGAAGUCCCGAGUAACCCCCCACAACGAAGUCUUCUGGCCCAGCAACAUCAAACAGAACCCCAACGUCCCCCCUGAGGACACCGUGUACUUCGGUGUGAGCGACUACUGCAGAACUGCAGACUGGAGUAACCACAUGCCUGCCCUGCGCUCAGACGAUUCCUUCGAGCAGAUGUCUACUUCUCUCCUGGCCAAGUAUCCCAAGCUGCACAGCAUGGUGAUUCGGACGUACAUCCUGGUCCGCCACUACUCUGCCGCCCUGAUGACCAUCGCAGGCGUCCCCGGCGCCCAGGAGAUGACCACCACAGAGACCCUCAACAUGCUGCAGGACGUGGUCAACGCCCCCCUGACCAGCCCCGGCGGGCGGGGCAGCAUGCUGCUGCUGCGCGUUCCCUCCAUCCAGCUGGCCAUGGUGGCCUACGAUAAGCUGCACAGCGUGCGGGACAAGCUGGGUCUGCAGUACAGGUUCGACGUCAUUCUCAGCAGUGCCAACACUGACCUGACUCUGGAGGAGUACUUCCUCAAGAGGAUGCAGGCUUGGCGAGGAGAGUUGGACAACCCUGAGAGGAAGUCGUCCUGGGUGCCCCGCACCUACUGUGACCUGGAUGGUCUGCCGUGUAUACUCAUCCUGUGUGGGAAGGACCCACUAGGGGAGACCAUGCCCAGGUCUCUGAAGUACUGUGACCUGCGGUUGGUCAACCACGGUCAUGUGACUCGUGCCAGCCUGGAGCAGGAGAUCAGUCUGGGCUGUCGCUACAUCAGCCGUGACGUCGUCAACGAGCCAAUCACGGUGUGCGACAUGAGUGACGAGGACAGCCAGAGCGACAGUGAAAUGGACAACGAUGAUGGCGACCUGCAGAUCGACACAGAUCGCCCUCGGAGUAAUUCUUCAGAUGUACAGCAGACAUCUCCCGGCUUCUCAGGUAAUCAAGCUCAGCACAACGGUUCGGUCUCCGACUCCACCAGGAACCCCAACGACAACGUCGGCAGGUCUUCUCCCGACUCCGCCCAGGACAGCGGGAAGGAGUCGCAGGGCAACAGCGUCCCCGAGAUGUCACCCCAGCAGCCCCAGGCGUCGGUCACGUCCCUACAGGGCAUGGUGGAGAACUCUAUAGACAUGAUCUAUGGGAAGGAGAAGAACAGUAACAGCCAUGAGGGCGACGCAGACCUGCCGAACGAACCGUUCGAGCAGCGGGAAGCAGCAGCAGCACGUGACCGCAGCGGAACGUCCCCCAUGGCUAGCGUGAAAAGUUCCGUCAGUAAAGACAACCUCCCCACCACAUCUACCUCAUCUCUGGGCCAGCACAAGCCGUCGUCGAGCAGAAUAGCGGGGUCCUCCCUGCUCCCGGUGACGAUCAUCGUAUCAAAGACUGCGUACGAUAUCCUCAGACCGGAUCCUCAGGGAAAACAGCGGCACAUCUCCUUACAGCCCCACCCUGAUGUGGGGUGGAUCUGCCCACUCAGGCCCAUGUUGUUAGGGGAGGUCACCAACGAAGUGCAGUCAGCAUACUACAGGCAAUGGACGGAGCCUCUGCAGCAUCACAUGGACACAGACAACAAGGGUGAGAACAGCCUGCCAGUGUUCCACCCCAGGCGACUGCUGCUGAGCGGACCCCCACAGGUCGGCAAGACGGGUGCGUACCUGCAGUUCCUGCGGGUGCUGUUCCGCAUGUUGAUCCGCCUGCUGGAGGUGGAGGUCUACAACGAGGAGGAAAUCAACAUGGACCGCGAGUCCCCGGCCGUCAGCCUGGUCUACAACGACAACCAGACCACGCACCUGACCGCCAAGUGGCCUGACUACGAGUUUGUGCGCAGCAUGCCGUUUGAUGCCAACCUCCACGAGGGAAAGUACAUGUCAUGCAGUCCUGUGUAUGCUGGUGCAGAGAAGAAAGAUAACAGUCCAGCUGUGAACAAGGAUUCCCGGAGACCCACCAUGUCCAUCAUGUUGUCCAAGUUCAGUGCACACAACAGCUUCCACCACUGUGAGCACUGCCACCACUACAUGGAGUCAGUAACACCACAGCAGACGCGUGAGUCCAGCCUGUACAGCUUCACCUUCCCGUCUGCCGUGUACGGGGAGGAGGUCCGUCUGCACUUCAUCAUCCCGCAGACGCAGGAGAAACACUUCGUGUUCAGUAAGCAGGGGCACCACCUGGAGAGCCUCAGGCUGCCAUCACUGGAAGAUGCGGGGCACAACGACAUCAAGACGCCGAUCUUCACGCCCACGUGCAGUCGGCAGGAGCACGGGCUGCUGAACCUGUUCCACGCCAUGGAGGGGGGGCGCCACACCCACAUGGUGGUGGUGAAGCAGUGCGAGAUGGCGCUGUACCAGAAGUUCUGGCCCAACCACAUCAUCCUCGUGCUGCCGGUCGUCUGCAACGAUGCUGGCAUCGGAGCUGCACGGUUCCUGGUGAAGGAGCUGGCCUACUACAACCUGGAGCUGGAGCGCAACCGUCAGGAGGAGCUGGGCGUGCGGCGCCAGGACGUCUGGCCCUACGUCAUCAUCAUGGACGACUCGCUGGUCAUGUGGAACAUGCACGACAGCACACAGGAGGACAAGCAAACUCAGAACAUCUCCCUGAAGAGCGUGAUCCAGCACCUGGAAGCCACGCCCAAGAUCACCCACUUCAGCAUGCUGGGUGCGCGGCAGUGGAGCGGGAAGUCCACGGUGGACGUGAGCAUGCAGCCGUUCUCGCGCUGUCACCUGCACAGCUUCAUCAUGCUCAACGUGGAUGCCACACAGAAUGUGCAGUAUGACCAGAACAGAUACUACUGUGAAGACAUUGACUUCAACAUGCGGAUCAGCAGCGGGAAUGGACUGCUGUGCCGCUUCAACCGGUUCUCGUUCAUGAAGAAGGCCAUACACGUGGGCGGGGGUAUGGACUUCCCCAUGAAGCCAAAGGUUGCCAAUGCCAACACACAGAACAUCACCACCAGACAGUUUGUAGCUGCCCCUGACAGUGAGGACCUGGUGCCGCUGGUGGCCCCCCCACAGUUCCUGCUGGAGAAGUACCUGGCACACGAGAGCAAGGCUCUGUUCCCCAUGGCCAUGGACAACCACCUGACUCCUGUCCUGGCCAUCGACUGCUACCUCAACCUAGGAGCUCAGAUCUCUGUAGCCUACAUGAGCUCCCGACCCCACUCCGUCAAAACGGACUCAGACUGCCGCUUCAGCGGGCUGCUGCUCUACCUGUGUGACAGUUUUGUCAUGGCCGACUUCCUCAAGAAGUUCAACUUUGUUCCUGGAGCCACUCUGUGUGUCAUCUGUCCUGACCGGAACACGUUGCGGAGACAAAUCGCCCGGCUGGAGCUGGAGGACCAGUGGCGCUUCCGCCUGCGUGAUGAGUUCCAGACAGCCAACACUGCGGAGGACAAGCCGCUCUACUUCCUCACAGGCCAGCACAUCGCACCCAAGGUGCCAGCGUUCAACGACAAAGCACAAUGGACUUAAGUGACAUUACACGUUCAAGGAGCUAUCAAUGCGCACAUAUGGUAUGUUCUGUACCUGUCAUUUAUGCUGCGAAUCUGAGAAGACUUUUCUCAACACCUGAGCAGCUUUAGCAAGGUUAAGUCAAGCCAAGAACAAGACUAAGUCCCCCUCUACAAAUUCCCAAAGUGGUCGGCCGUAAUCCUUACCUUAUGAUCACCAAGUACAAUGUAUGUUAAGGAAACAUAAAAAAACUCAAAAUCAAGUGUAGUAUUACACUAUUUUGUAUGUUGUUAAGAUAAAUGGUGUUCAUUUCCUAAAAGAGCAACAGCAGAGAGAACAUCAAAGUUCCUCAGUGACUGUGAUUUUUUAUGUUUUUUUUUAACACAUCAAAAGUUGGAAUGGGAUACCAUUUCAGUACACAGUAGAAAAGGUUUCCCUUGAAAGUGACUCGGCCUGAAAUGAUAUUGCAUCCAACAUUUUUCAAGCUGCAUGACAGAAAUGAAUGACGGACAAAAUUUCGUCUGAUCGAUGAGUUGUACAGAGUCGUUAGAUUCUUUAAGUGGGACUACACUGUAUCAUUAUCCUCCAAAUUGGUAAUGCCAUAUCUGUCAGUCUCAAAAUUCCUUCAUUACUCACAAGGUAAAUAGAUGGGAACUUGGAUCCGAACAGCAUUUGCAUAUCACAUUUGUGACAGCAUCAGUGAUCUACUACUCGACCAGAUAUGCACAUUUAUUUAUGUACAGUGCUGUUUGUACACACAUUGUCAUCCUGAAGGGAACAUACCCUUGUACUUGUGAUUGCACCUGUCCGUGAUUGUGUAAGUGCAGAUAUACUGUCUAAUGAAUGGUAUAAAUUGUAAUCAGUGUUUCUACAUGUACUUUUCUAGGCAUUAAGUUAUAGUUUCUGAAAACCGUUGAAGAUGGAAAUCUAUGGUCACGUUUGAAAAUCUACCUCUCAAAGGCACUUGUACUUAGUGCUACAUACUGGGACACCAGUGAACGCAAUGCGCAUAUGGAUAAGGUAAAAAGCCAGCUCUUCCAGGGCCCAGCCACACCAUGUAGUCAAAUAGAGGUUUUCAUGGAGAUUUUUUCUGGCCUGUUGGGCCCAACCUUUUAGCAGGGUAGACAUUUCACUGCCACUAUCAGUGUUAUAUAUACUACAGUACAGCACGCUGUAAUCGAUCAUUGCAAUGGUAGUCUGUUAUCACAUGCUGAGACGGAGUGUAACAGAAAGAAGUUAUUUUGUAGCCUGGAGAAAGGCCCAUACAGUUAGCUCAUGUACCUAAAGUAAGGUAAAGCAGUGGUACACAGUUAUGGUAAAAAUAUAUAUAUAUAAAGAAUAUAUAUAUCUAUAAUACAUUGGUAGGGACACAUUCCAUGCACGGUGAAGAAAACCUGGACUAUUUUUCUUGUGGCCUGGAACAGACAACGUCCAAACAAUGCAAUGACACAUUCUCAGGGCUUGUACAUACAACAUACUUAUAAGUCAUACUUAAAAACCUUUGUAUACAGCAUUAUACUCAUGAGAAAAGUAGUUGUAAGGUCAUUUUUGUUCUAAUGUACAUUUUUGGUGACUGCAAAGGGAAGUAGCCACGAAAAGCAGUAAGUAUUUUGACACCUAAUAACCUUGUCUUACCUACAUGUAAUCGUUCACAAGGUGGACUGCCACCAUCCAAACUAAUUUAGUCCAUGAAUGUACAUAUAAUUUUAUAUUUAAGUCAGAUUAUAUUUUAAUUACCUUUGAAUGCCAGAUUAUUUGUACUUCUUUACAUGCUAUAUAAAUAUCUAUGAAUGUAGUAGCUGUGGAGAGUGGUGUACAUGGGGAAAUGUUAUGCAUAAUUUUUACCAAAUCUUGAAUGAGUUGGAAAUUAUGUGAGUCGUCAUUCGAAAUAAUGUGCUUAAUUACUGAAAAUGAAGAUUUUACAGAUUAAAUCAUAUCAGCCAUAAGAAUUGUGGACAGGGUCAAGGCCAAUAAGCUGCUGUUACAAAUUUGCAGAAUCGUGACUCUCUUUCUCUGUUUGGAGUACAGUCAAUAUUGGAUUAGCCCCAUGUACACCUCCAGUACUAGCUUAGGAUGACCCAGUAACUAACCAUGAAGUGAAAUGUGUGUGUGUGACUUUUGCAGUGGUGGCAGCACCAGACCUAUGGUAGGUCUUAUCUACAUGCACCCAGUAUUAUUAAUAAAAGGAGUGCAAAGAAAUCA